UUUAGAAAACGGCACUUGAUAACAGCAAUUUGCAGUGGGCAGUCUCCGUCCGUAGCAGUCGAAUGGAGCAAACUCUCCCGUUCGGUUCAAUGUUCAAUACACUGGCCUGUGAUCGGAAAAAUUUGCAAUCAUGGAUGCAACCGGCGUUGUUGAUAAACUGAGCGAUGGUAUCGAUGCUCCCAUCUGGCAAUUCUGGAAGCGACGCCGUUUUGUGGUGGUUCUCAUGGCGUUUCUAGGAUUCACGAAUCUCUACACGAUGCGUAUCAACCUGAGUGUGGCCAUUGUGGCCAUGACGGAAAAUCGAACCGUUCUACACGAGGAUGGAAGUGUGGAAUAUGAACAAUAUUUUGACUGGAGUUCAAGCUUGCAAGGUCAUUUAUUGAGUUCAUUCUUCUAUGGAUAUUUGAUUACGCAAGUCCCGGGAGGAUAUCUCUCCGAUAAACUUGGAGGAAAUUACGUUUUGGGCGUAGGCAUUGGGUUAACGGCGAUUUUAACGCUGUUUAUGCCAUUGGCAGCACACGGUGGGAUAGGAUGGCUUAUCGGUCUGCGAGUCUUGCAGGGGAUGUGCGAAGGAGUAGCUUUCCCGUGCAUGCAUACCGUCUGGUCCAAAUGGGCUCCUCCGUUGGAGCGAUCCCGUAUGGUGAUGUGUUCCUUUGCAGGUGUGUUUGUAGGGACGAUCCUCGCCAUGAUGGUCAGCGGCAUUCUGGCGCAAGCUAUAAGCUGGGAAAGUAUCUUCUACGGGUUCGGUGCAAUCGGUUGUGUUUGGUGUGUUGCAUGGUUUCUGAUCGUGAAACAAUCACCGGAGCAGGAUCGGUUUAUAACCUCCAGCGAGAAAGAUUACAUAUUGAAAAGCAUUGGUCGCGCUGAGGGAGACACUAGAAAGAUAAAACAUCCCUGGAAAGCGAUUCUAACAUCAAAAGCCGUUAUCGCUACUACCGUUUCCAACUUUGCCGAGAACUGGAGUUUCUAUUUUCUUCUGACUCAGCUGCCAACAUUUCUGAAAGAGGCAAUGCAUUUUGAGGUGCAAACGACGGGCUUCGUAGCUGCUCUUCCAUAUGCAGCGAUGGGGAUUAGUCUCAGUAUCGCAGGCUACCUCGCCGAUUGGUUCCAAGUUAAGUGUAUCCUAACAACUACCCAAGUUCGUCGCAACUUCAACUGUUUGGCAUUCGUUGUACAAACGAUUUUUAUGCUGCUCGGUGUCAUCAUACUGGAACCAAUCCCGACCAUUAGUUGCAUAACGAUAGCAGUUGCAAUGGGAUCAUUUGCGUGGUGCGGUUAUGCAGUAAAUCAUCUGGAUUUAUCGCCCAAGAGUGCGGGAGUGUUAAUGGGUAUCUCUAACUCAGCUGGCACCAUCGCCGGUAUUUGUUCGCCGAUUGUUACCGGUUACAUUACUACGGAAGGAACGGAUGAAGAGUGGAAACUAGUGUUCUAUAUAGCAGCAUUGGUCUAUUUAGUUGGACUGUUGGUCUACUGGUUCUGGGCAUCCGGAGAACUGCAACCUUGGUCUAUUGAAAUGCAGGAAAUGAACGCGAGCGCAAAGGAUUAUGAAAAUCAAAAUUAAGCGUGUUAUGACAAUAAAAUAAGCAUUGCUGAAUAGAACCAAUUUUGUGGUGGUAAAGUCAGUUUUACAACUUUUUUAUUUUAUUUUGUUUUAUUAUACGGUGACUUCAGUUCAGAGUACGAAUUCGGGAAAUAUUUAUGCGCAA